AUGCCUCCCCGUCCCAGUCCCACCCACAAGCUUGGCAUUUCGUUUUCACCCAACAGUAAAAGUCCAGAAUUAGUAUGGGUAAACUUCAGGAAGAUCGAAAUCCCUGGUGUCGAUGGACAGUUUGUCCUGCCGGAUGUCGAUAGGUUCCUCACUUACGGCUCAGGCGAUUUUUUUGAUUCCGAACAACUGCUUAUUAAGCCUCAGUGGAUCAUGCGAGCUCGAAACAUCAAGCAUACUCUUGCUGUUUACAUGCGGGAUAAUUUUGGAUCUGAUGGAUCAAAGAUGACGCAGUCUGCAAGCUCAAACACGGCUGGCAAGAUGGAGCAUGCUUGGAAAGGACCUCUCAUUGUUGUUGCUAUGGAGGGACAGUCUGCUCCUCAGAGUAGAACGUUGAAGAUAGGGGGAGUGUCUCUUACCGUUGGGUCUGGUGUUGUUUUCCAGAGGAGCAUUGACAUUACAUUCAGAGAUUUCAGGGUUGUCCAUGAUUAUUUUCUGGCUUAUCCGCAUGAAUCGGAGAGUCAGCUCACGCUGAAGGAUCAAUAUGGAAACACUGUGAUAUAA